GCGGCCUACGCCCGCGACGCGCCUCCGACUUGACGACAUGGCGGCACUAGCGCGAUUGUUUCUGGUAGGUCUGGUGGCGUGUGCGCACGCGCAGUACGCGGAGGAGCGCGCGCCGCGGUACAUCGCGUCCGAGUCCAAGCCCACAGCCGCGCCUCCGGUCGCCAUUCUUAAGCAGAUCAACAGACACAACGAGGAUGGCUCAUACACCUACGGAUACGAAGCGGCAGACGGCUCCUUUAAAAUUGAAACCAAAUCCCCCUCCGGAGAGGUGAAAGGCAAAUAUGGGUACAAGGAUGAUACUGGCAAGGUGCGUGUUAUCGAGUACGGGGCGAACAAGUACGGUUUCCAGCCAGCAGGUGAAGGUAUCACCGUCGCGCCGCCCACGCUGGUGGAUGAGUCCACCAGGCAAGAGGGACUGAGGGCCAGCAAGUCGCAGGGAGGUCGCGCACCAGUGCAGCAACAGUAUGACUACGACUACGACGAGCCGGCAGCGCCUGCCCCGCGGCCGCAGCCCCGCGAGAGGCCUACAUACCGAGCGCCACCACCCCCUCCCCCUGCCCCGCCGCAGCCGCGACCACAGCCCCGGCCGCAGUACAGGCCUGCACCACCACCGCAACCGCAGUACAGGCCCGCGCCGCAGUCUGCUCCCACACCACCUAAGCCUACAUUCUUCGCUGGCGCAGCGCCAGCACCAGUACCGGUCCAAGACAGCUUCUUCAGCCCUUCACCCCAGCCGGCCAGGCAGUACAAACCGCAACAGGACUUCAGACCAGCACCGCAAUUCGCUCCCAAACCCCACAUCGAGUACCAAGACUACGAGGAACCAGCCCAGCACAGAUUUCCUUCUGCCAACCAGUUCGCUCAACAAAGAAGCUCGCAGCCGUUCUCAAUGCUGGAUCAGCUCCUGAAAGAAUAUUCCCUGCCUCAAGGAGGAGCAGCUCCCCUACACGAUAUCACCUUUGGAUCCUACUAAUUUAGGGAGAACAUCUCAUUUUUUUUUGUAAAUAUUUAGUGUAUUUUUUUUAUAUUAGAAAA